AUGUCCGCCCCCGUCCUCAACUUCAUAACCGGCAACGCCAACAAGCUCUCCGAGGUCCGCGCCAUCCUCGAGCCCGCCGGCAUCACCGUGCGCAACCAACCCCUCGACCUGCCCGAGAUCCAGGGCGCCCUCGAGGACGUGACGCGCGAGAAGUGCCGCGCCGCCGUCGCCGCCGUCGGGGGCCCCGUCCUCGUCGAGGACACGUGCCUGUGCUUCGACGCGCUGAACGGGCUACCGGGCCCGUAUAUAAAAUGGUUCAUGCAAUCCAUCGGCCACGCCGGCCUCAACAACCUCCUCGCCGCCUACGAGGACAAGUCCGCCCAGGCCGUCGCCACGUUCGGUUUCUGCCAGGGGCCCGGCGAGGAAGUUCUCCUGUUCCAGGGGCGCACGCAGGGCAAGAUCGUGCCUCCGAGAGGCCCUACGACGUUCGGCUGGGAUCCAAUCUUCGAGUAUGACGGACAGACCUACGCCGAGAUGGACAAGGCUGCCAAGAACAAGAUCUCGCACCGCUUCAAGGCGCUCGAGAAGCUGCGCGCGUGGAUCGAGGGCGGCGGCAUGAAGGCGUAA